AUGGCAUCCAUGGACAUCGACUUUGACGACAUCGAGUCGCGCGAGGUCGACCUCGCGACCUCCGCCUCGCAUCCAGAGACGGCCCGACUGCUCAGCGAACUCGACCGCAAGAAGCUGGCGCGCAAGAUUGCGCUCCCGACGAACGAUGGAGAAGUGCGUGCACGGCUGCGCGAGCUCGGCGAGCCCAUCACGCUGUUCGGUGAGGGCCCGGCAGACAGGCGAGAUCGGUUGCGGGACUUGAUUGCAAAGGCGCGGCUGGAGAGGGGCGAAGCGAUGGACAUCGAGGAGCAGGAGGAGAGUGCAUCAGAGGGCGAGGAAGAGGACGAGAAGGACGAGGAGUUCUACACGGAGGGUACGGCAGCGCUGAAGAAGGCGAGGAGGGACAUUGCAGAGUACUCGCUGCCGAGGGCACGACGACGACUCGCGCGGCAACGGUUGGACGCGACUGUCCCGCUCGCCCGGCUCAUGGACGUCCGCAAAGCCAUCUUUGACAACCUCUCCAGCUUCACCAACCUCGGCUCUCAGAUCGGCGACACUCGCGCCAUCUCGGCGCUGCGCUUCUCGCCCGACUCGUCGAUGCUUUUGACGGGCUCCUGGACGGGACAGGCGAAGCUGUGGAGUGUUCCGGCGUGCAAGGAGAUCAGGGUGUUGAAGGGUCACAAAGAGCGGAUAGGAGGAGUUGCAUGGCAUCCGGACGCGACUCUCUCGCAGAGCGCAACGGCCGUCAACUUUGCGACAAGCGGUGCUGACAAUGUGAUCAAGCUGUGGGAUCUCGAGAACGACAACUCCCUCCGGACCUUGACAGGCCACGACAACCGCGUCUGCCGCAUCGCCUUCCACCCUUCCGGCCGCUAUCUCGGCUCGGCUUCGUACGACGAGACGUGGCGAUUGUGGGACGUCGAGACGGGCGGAGAGCUGUUACUGCAGGAGGGCCACAGCAAGGAGGUCUACGCUAUCGCGUUCCAGCAGGACGGCGCUUUGGUGGCUUCUGGAGGACUCGACGCUAUUGCUCGAGUCUGGGACCUCCGGUCAGGUCGGACCGUCUCCGUCCUCUCCGGCCACAGUCGCGACAUUCUCUCCGUCGAGUUCUCGCCCAACGGAUACCAAGUCGCGACCGGCUCGAACGACGACACGAUCCGUAUCUGGGACCUGCGCAUGCACCAAGCAAUCUGCACGAUCCCAGGUCACAAAUCCGCCAUCUCGGACCUCAAGUUCUUCCAGGCGCCUCCGAAAGCUGGCGCAUACCCGCUCACGGACCUCCCUCGGGCGUUCAAGGACUUGCCCAUCUUCUCGGACGGCGGGUCGGCCGACCCCGAUGCGAGCGGAGACGCAGAGGCGAAGCCGGACGGGACGAGCGAGGGAGGAGAAGGCGAGAAGCCUGACUUCCCUGUCGCCGGGUCGUUCCUCGUCUCGUGCGGGUUCGACGGGUACAUCAAGGUUUGGAGUGCGGACGAUUGGCAGCUCGUCAGGAGCAUGUCGAACGACCAGGCGGGCAAGGUGAUGAGCGUGGACAUCUCGAGCGAUGCACGUUUCAUCGCCGGCGGACAGUACGACAAGUCGUUCCGCCUGUACGCUCGCAGCGAUGUCGACUUGUCGUAG